AUGAACCCAACUCUUGCUGUUGCUGUGAAGAAAGCUUCUCGAUUGUCACCUAUGACAACUCGUCGUCUCUUUUCAUCCGGUAAAGACAUUCGUUUUGGUGUGGAAGGACGUGCUGCAAUGCUAAAAGGUGCUGAUCAAUUGGCCAAUGCUGUUCAAGUGACACUUGGUCCAAAAGGUCGUAACGUAGUCAUUGAUCAGUCUUAUGGGGCUCCUAAGAUUACAAAAGACGGUGUUACUGUCGCUCGUAGUGUCGACUUUGCUGACAAGUUUGAAAACAUGGGGGCACAGCUUGUCCGUUCUGUUGCAAGCAGUACAAAUGAUGCAGCAGGUGAUGGCACAACAACAGCUACAGUCCUUACUCGUGCCAUUUUUAGUGAAGGUUGCAAGUCUGUAGCUGCUGGAAUGAACCCAACGGACUUACGUCGUGGGAUUCAAAUGGCUGUGGACCACGUCGUUGACGGACUACAAAAACUGUCCAUGGAUGUGCAAGACAAGGAAAAAGUUGCUCAAGUGGCAACGAUUUCGGCUAAUUCCGAAACGGAAAUUGGGUCUCUUAUUAGUGAUGCAAUGGAACGAGUGGGGAAAGAAGGGGUGAUUACAGUCCAAGAUGGCAAGACGUUGUACAAUGAAUUGGAAGUUGUGGAAGGCAUGAAAUUUGAUCGGGGGUUUAUUUCGCCUUAUUUUGUCACGGACAAUAAGACGCAAUCCUGUGAAAUGGAAAACCCAUACAUUCUUUUAGUGGAAAAGAAAAUAUCAAGUCUUCAGUCGAUUAUUCCCAUGUUGGAAACAGUUGUAAAGCAGCAACGUCCACUGCUUAUUAUUGCCGAAGAUGUUGAAAGUGAAGCACUGGCUGCUCUUGUGAUCAAUAAGAUCCGUGGUGGUGUCAAAGUGUGUGCUGUCAAGGCCCCUGGCUUUGGUGAUAACCGCAAAGCCAGUCUACAGGACAUGGCUGUACUUACUGGUGCUACUGUUAUCUCGGAAGAUCUUGGUCAUCGUCUGGAGACUGCUACUCCUGAGAUGCUUGGUAGUGCCAAGAAGGUGACUAUUACCAAGGAUGACACGUUGAUGCUUGAUGGUGCAGGCUCAGCUGAUGCUGUCGAGGAACGUGGCAAUUUGCUGCGUGACUCGAUUGAGAACACGACAUCGGACUAUGAGAAGGAAAAGUUGCAGGAACGUCUGGCGAAGCUGAGUGGUGGUGUUGCUGUUAUCAAGGUUGGUGGUGCUAGUGAGGUCGAGGUCGGGGAAAAGAAGGACCGUGUCGUGGAUGCACUGAACGCCACUCGUGCCGCUGUAGCGGAAGGCAUUGUGCCUGGUGGUGGUGCUGCUCUUCUGUGGGCGUCACGUUCGCUCACUUCACUGUAUGAUUCAUGCGCCAACUUGGACCAGAAGGUGGGUGUGGAGAUUAUUGAGCGCGCUUGCCGUGCCCCAGCUACGCAGAUCGCCAAGAACGCCGGCCACGAAGGUGCCGUCGUUGUAGGCAAAUUGCUAGAGAACGACUUGCCCGAGCUCGGCUUUAAUGCCCAGACCGGUGAGUACGUGAACCUGGUGGACGCCGGUAUCAUUGACCCGACCAAGGUGGUGCGCACGGGACUUGUGGACGCUUCGAGCGUCGCGUCGCUUAUGAUGACUGCUGAGGCUCUUAUCGCUGACCUGCCGGAAGAGGCUGGCGCAGCUCCCCCGAUGGGCGGCAUGGGUGGCAUGGGCGGUAUGGGUGGUAUGGGUGGCAUGAUGUAA